CUUGUCCCCAAUUGUCCCUUAUUUGGUGAGUCGACCCGCUGUUACUUCCUGUUGCUUUGGCGCUGGUGCUGGUGCUGCUACCUGGUCUACCUGGUUACCUGGAGCAAAAAGUUAUGUUAUGUACUGUAGUGCCUGCCUGCCUUAUCCUACCUUGCUGGUGCUACCACCAUCAAUUGAGCAACGACCUUCCAACCUUUCCUCCUUCUCACAUUCUCCAUCUCUAAUCUCCUCCAUCUUCUUCCAUCAUCCAAAAACCUCCAAGGGAGAAACCAUAACGAACAAUCGCGAGGAUUCAAUCCAUCAAGACUUUUGACCUCUUUUUUUCUCUCUUCUUGCAUAUUCUCUCAAUACCCCUUGAGCAAAGGCCGUUCCUUUUCUCUGCCCCCCCUAAAUCCGACCAUCUUCUUCCCCAAACAUGGCUGAGCUCCGCCGAAAGCUGGUCAUCGUCGGUGACGGUGCCUGUGGUAAAACUUGUUUAUUGAUCGUUUUCUCUAAGGGAACGUUCCCUGAGGUCUAUGUCCCCACCGUUUUCGAGAACUACGUCGCCGAUGUCGAGGUCGAUGGAAAGCACGUCGAGUUAGCCUUAUGGGAUACGGCUGGUCAGGAAGACUACGACCGUCUUCGACCUCUGUCUUACCCUGACUCUCACGUCAUCCUAAUCUGCUUUGCUGUCGACUCGCCCGAUUCUCUAGACAACGUUCAGGAGAAGUGGAUUUCCGAAGUCCUUCACUUCUGCCAAGGCCUGCCUAUCAUCCUCGUUGGCUGCAAGAAGGAUCUGCGUUACGACGCAAAGACAAUUGAGGAGCUCCGCAAGACCAGCCAGAAGCCCGUCUCCCCUGAGGAGGGUGAGGACGUUCGCAAGAAGAUUGGCGCUUACAAGUACCUUGAGUGCUCAGCCAAGACGAAUGAAGGUGUCCGAGAAGUUUUCGAGCACGCUACUCGCGCGGCUCUGCUGUCUCGUAAAAGCCAGAAGAAGCACUCCAAGUGCUUAGUCCUUUAAGAAAUGUGUACAACAUCUUUAUGAUACCUUCGACAUACCGUCAUGAUCCAUCAUCGUCCUAAGGUUCGUCUCACGGACGAGAUAUACAGAUGAAUAAGGGUUUUAGACGGACUGGGAGGGUCGGACCGCCUGUGCGUCCUAGUCUCAACCGGAGUUUGAUUCGUCUUCCCGUUUUAACUGCUUCGGUGGGCGUGCAACUCAGGUCAACUCUUGCGUGUCUCCCAUAUUACAAAGGGAGUAUAUUGGUGACGGGGUAGCGGGUAUCGUUGUAUUUGAAUUCCCAUGGUUCGAGAAAGGGGGGGAUGGGCAAUGUAUUGCCGUUAGAGAGAUGUGGAUGGUGUGUUGUGCGUGUGGUAUGUGUGUCAAGAUUGGCGAGACAACCCCAGAGAAUACGGCUAUAUCAUAAAUCUUCUCCUUUUUACUGCUCUUGGUAAUUCCCGCGUCAGGCCAACCGGGAGACGGACAUUUGUUGCGCAGGGGCUACUCUUUCUACCUGUCUUUUUUCCCAAUCAUACUCCUUACUAAUCGUCAUGUUCCUGCCUGGUUUCCCACAUGCGUCUUGUAAUUGUUGUGCUGCCCUUCGUAGAUGAUUAGUACCGGCCUUGACUGCGUAGUAUAUGGCAGAUUCAAAGCUGGUAUGUUGUAAUAUGAUAUUUGAAACGGACACCUAUCAAUAUAUUCGGCGCACUUAUCUACUAGUUACUGGUCUUGUUCACGAUACCACGGUGGACAUGUGAUGGUUG